UAGCAAAAAUAAUUCCGGAAGCGGGAAAAAGAAAAGUAAACAAUGCACAAAUCAGUUUGAAGUGCAUUAUGUUGCAAUAGUUUAAUGUCCAUACUUAGUCGAUUUCUAUCAUUGUUUAAUGGUGGAAUGAGAGCAUACAAAAUUCAAGAUUCGCAAAGAUUACGUAGAAUCGGUGUCACGGCUCAUAACUUAAAAGAACUUUUAGCCAAAGGAUGUGAAAAACUCCAGAUAAAGGAGUCAGAAGUGACAGUGGUUAUAGAGGAUGACGGCACAGUUGUUGAUGAUGAUAAGUUUUUCAGAAAACUUCCAGCACAAACGGUUUUUGUGUUUUUGAAGAAGGGAGAGAACUGGCGUGGAGCUGGUGCCCUUAUCCAUGAUGCCCUAAGUAAGUUAUACUGUGCCAGUAGGAAGAAUGAGAUAGCCAAUCAGAUUAGAGAUCUGUUAACUGAUGAGGACGCACCAGAGAAGAUACAUAUUAUAUCACAAUACCUGGAGAUGUUAGAGACCAAUGUUGAUUCUGAAGAGAGGGCCAAGCAUGAGGAUUGGUUUGAAGGAUUGAAUAAGAAAUACAAGACCAAGAGUGAAGUAAUGAGACACAGUGCACAAACCAGAGUGAGGAGUUAUUUCAUUACGGCAAAAGAACAGAUUGAAAAAGAAUCCGACAGUGAUCAUAAGAACUCACUGAUCUCUGUAAUGGAUGACAUUAAUAACCUUUUAAAGAAGAAUGACUUCAAUUCUUUUUUCUUUGAUCGUACGUCACGAGGCAUGAUGUGUGAUAAGAAAGGCUGGUUUACAUGUGAGGGACCAUUCGACAGUAAAAACUGUGAUAAAUUCCACACAAUAAAUCCAUACGCCUCCCGUGGAUAUAGACAGCUGUUUGGACUGUGGAACCUAGAUCAUAUAAUAGAAAAAUCAAGGGAGGUGAUUCCAUGUCUGAUAGAAGCUUCCAAGAAUUUACCUAAAGGGAAAGAACUCAAUACUGACCUACUGUAUAAACUGUUGUUUACUACAGACAAUCUUAAACUUGUACAGAUUGGCUGUCACAAGAAAGCUGCAAGGCCGUCAGGAAACAUCACAUGGAAAGAUUUCUGUGUGUGAAUCAAUAGAGACAGUGUAUUAUCGAUAUCUACCAAAUUUCAAGUUAUAAUAUAUUGGAUCAGUGCUGUACCAUUUGUGGACAAAAUUGUAGAUUUUUUCAUGUAUUAUAGUAUCAUGGAUGCUGAAUUUUGCUUAAUUUCUAUUGCAAUAGACUUAUCAGUGGUAUGGCACAAACCAGACCAGCCUGUUAGGUCGCUUAUCAGUGUAGAUGAUGUAGAAUCUCUUAGAAAUAGUUUUAUAUUUCAUUUAUCCUAUCUAUCUCCGCUUUCUCUGUUUGUAUAAUAAUCCUGUUAUUUUAAGAAUUACUCAGCCAAUUAUAAUCAUGUCAGGACUAAAAUUACCUUCUCCUUACAUUAGAAAAAGCCUAUGAUUAGCCAUAGGCAUUGAAUUUGGAAAGAUUUCUACAUUUUGGGUUUUAGUUUUGAAGUGUUCAUUAUUACCAUUUGAAUGACCAGCAACAUUAUUACAUCAAAGGAUAUUAAACAAAUCAUGUGUAUCAACAAUGAAAUCAACCAAAUCAUGUGUUUUAAUCUUUCUGUUAUUCAUAUUGUGUAUCAACAAUGAAAUUAACUAAAUCUCAUUUGGUUCUGUCAGAAGCAUUGAAUUAUACAAAAUUACAUUUAAAAGUAAUAUAUAAAUAGGGAGAAGCACUACAUAGAAUGGUUUUUGUUUGUUGAAUGAUCUGUGCAAUAUCAUUGUUACUUACAUUAAGAUUAAAACAUUAAAUAUUAUAUAAAUAUUGG